AGAUUUGGAUUUUUAUUAAUCGUUUGCUUUAAAAAUAGAUCAAUGUUGUGAAUUUUCUUUAUUACGUUCCAUUCAUUUUUACGUAGAUGUGAAUUUUCAUUGACGGCUGUCAUAUAUAUAUAAAUAGAAUCGAGUCAUUCAGUCUAAAAUUUCAUGUAAACUAGUGAAAGAAAAAAUUGUGAGAAUAAAAUUUUACUUAUUUGAAAAAAAGUAAUUGGCCCUUAACAUGGCAAUUAAAACAAACAAUACGAAACGGUUCUAUCAAACUCUGGCUUAUAUAUCAAAACUUUUGUACCCAGCAUAUCCCUGCUAUUUCUUUCCGUCUUUUUUGUUAAUUCAGACUUACAAUAAAUUGGUGGCAUUGAAGAAAAAUCCAAAGUUCCGAGUUAUUGCAUUACCGAAUAAAUAUUAUGCCACUCUAACGAAAAGAAGUGAGCCAUUUUUAAGCGAUCAUUUUUGUUUUGUAUCUGAUGAAACAUUCGAUAAAUAUGAUUUGCAUGCUAAACAAAAUUGGUUGAAUGUUGUAUUUGGAAGUAUCGAAAAUGUAUCAGAUCGCCGCACGAAACUAUCACCAGAUAUUGUAGAAACAAUUUUAGCAAAACCGAAUUCAUCGGUUUUGGUUCCAGUCGUUGCUGUUGAAAAAUGUCAAAAAAACUGCAUUUUCGUUAGUGAGAAUUUAUACCAUCAUUGGUGCCUGAAGAAUAAAAUUCGUGAUUCACAGCCACUAUUAGUUAAUUUACAAUACAUGAAUGAUAAACAAAGUCUACCGAAAUUGGCAAGUCGUGCAACCGUAUUUCUCAUCAAGAAUCCAUAUGAAAUUCCUUUGGAUAUCACUGAUGAAAUAAUUUCAAAUUUCUUCUCAACACCACGAGUUCUUUAUCGCAACCAUACAUACGAAAUUUCACUCGACGAACAACAAGUUGGAACAGCAUUGUAUUCGCAAUAUUUUCACAUUUUUAUGCCAUUGAAAAAAGUCUAUUUUCGAUGUAUUCAUUUGGAAUCUAGUGAAUGUCAAUUUGAAAAUUUUGCCGUCGUUGCGAAGGGAGCAACGACCUUACACCAAUCGACGAGCAUAAAUUAUCCGAUUCCCAGACAAUAUCUGGAUGAUUAUAGUUUUGUUAGUGCUUGUCCGUGGGGUUUGAUGCGUUAUUAUAACUACCUUAAAUCUUGCAUUCUACCAUUCGUUGGAACAAGCUUUUCUACAUCGUCAUCGAAUACUAGCAGCCCUUCAUCUUCAAGUCAGAUAUCGGACACAUCGAUUAAAUCUAUUUUUAAAAGUCGUAUUUUUCCAACUUUCCUCUUACAAGGUGAUAGGGGAUCCGGCAAAAAGAGACUGGUCAGUGUCCUAGCACGCAGUAUGGGAUUUCAAGAAUAUAGCGUUGAUUGUGCAGAAAUUAUAAAUUCAAUCCCAGCUCAGACUGAAGCAAAAUUGAAACUGGCUAUAGCCAAAGCAAGCGUUUGUGAACCAAUCAUCUUUACUUUGAACAAUUUUGAAUUGUUUGGAGUUGAUAGCGAUGGUCGUGAAGAUAUAAGAUCAUUUACGAUUUUUACUUCAGAACUGCGAAGAUUGUUCAACAAGGACCGAUUAUAUCCCGUAAUUUUGAUUGCUAUUGCAAAUGGCACGAUUGCAAAACCUAUAAUACAAAGCCACUUUUUGGAAACUAUAUCAAUAGAAGUCCCAACAAAGUUUGAACGAUUGAAUCAUUUACAAUGGCUAUUUCACAGAGAAAUUAUUAUGCAAGAAAUUUUCAAUGCUAAAGACAAUGUUAAUAUACCACUAUGGAAUGGUCGAACUAUGCAGGCAGCAAAAUAUCAUUUAUCUCGAAAUCGGUGUUGCGACGCAGAUAAUGAACUUUUAGAAUCAAUUUCUGAGAAAACACAGGGAUUUCAUUUUGCUGAUUUGAAAUUAUUAUUCGACAAUAGUACGGAGAACCUUCUUACCUGUCGUAAGCCAUACAGUCUUUUUCAAAAAGAUAAAUGUUUACAAGCCGAACAGUUUGAAAAAAUGCUGAACAUAAUGCAAAAUGAAUUUUCGGACAGUUUGGGUGCACCAAAAGUACCACGAGUACUUUGGUCAGAUAUCGGAGGCUUAAGUAAACUCAAAGAAGAAAUACAAAGUAGUAUCGGCCUCCCCUUGAAACAUGGACAUUUGAUGGGGAAAAAUUUGAGACGCUCCGGAGUGCUAUUAUUUGGGCCACCAGGUACGGGAAAAACUCUGGUCGCAAAAGCAGUGGCAACCGAAUGUAGUUUGAGCUUUCUUUCUGUGCAAGGUCCCGAAUUGCUUAAUAUGUAUGUUGGCCAGAGUGAACAAAACGUCAGAGAAGUAUUUAUGAGAGCGCGAUCGGCAGCGCCUUGUGUCAUCUUCCUAGAUGAAUUGGAUAGUCUGGCACCGAAUCGUGGGGCUGCCGGCGAUAGUGGUGGAGUCAUGGAUCGAGUUGUCAGUCAAUUACUUGCAGAAAUGGAUGAUAUGAUGGGAAAUAAUGACCAAAAACAAUUAUUCAUUUUGGCAGCAACUAAUCGACCCGAUUUGAUUGAUCCAGCAUUAUUGCGACCUGGUCGCUUUGAUAAACUUUUGUAUGUUGGGCCAUACAUAACAAGAGAAGAUAAAGCAGCUGUGCUAUCGUCUCAAAUGCAAAAAUUCAAACUUAAAGAUGGAUUGACAAUAAAUUCAAUAGCUGAACUUUUAAAACAGGACAUGACGGGCGCUGAUAUCUAUUCAAUUUGCUCGAAUGCUUGGUUGAAUGCCGUCAGACGAUGCAUAACAGCAUAUAAAACCGUUGAAGAUGAGAAGAAUAUUACAUUAACUGCUGAUGAUGUACAUGUCGGUUUAGAUGAUUUUCAUAAAGCAAUAUCCAAGUUUGUACCAUCGAUCAGCAAAAAAGAUAUGGAAUAUUUUAUGGGUCUCAAAUACACUCACACUAAAUAAGUUAUAUAUGCAUUUCAAAACGGUUUUUUAUGCACAAUUUUUUCAAAUGGUCUAUUGACAGCUGUCACAAGUGGGUGAAAAAUUAAUAAAUAUUUUUAAACCA